GGUGUCAAAUGUUUGCAGACAGGAAGAGUAUCGAAUGCUAGUGGAGGUUAGAUGCUGCAAUUGAGGUGGCAAACAUGCACCCGGAUUGACCUGUUAGAUUGAAUUGGACUGGAUUGCCCUGUUAGAUAGAAUUGGACUGUCCAGCAUGUGUCCUACCUGGAGGUGGUGAGAAGAGUUGAAGGAACGAAUAGAGCUGUAGAUGCAAUGGUAGUAGAGCCUGCAUCAGUGAAUGUGAGUGUAAAAAUGUGUGCUUUGUAGCAUUUAUUGCAAUGGUCAUCAACUGCACAGCACAAACGGAGAAGAAAUCAGACUAAAUUGGCAUUUGAAGUGCAGCUGAACAUUUUUUGGGGGACUCAGUGAUUUGACAGAAGAGGCAGUACAAGUAACCCUAUCAACGAAGAUACUGCCCUAACAGACUCCUGAGCCUGUGUCGGGAUGUGAUUUAAAUUGGAAUGUGACUGAAGGAGGGGGAGUUUUAUUUUUUACUUUGUAUAAUGUCGGUUUCAACCCGUAGUUUACCACCCAUACAGUAGGUGGCGGCAUGCACCUCUAACAGUUGUUUGCGAACCGUCAUAUCAAAGAAGUUGACGGAAGUGGCCAUUUACCAAGAACAAUUUCCUCUUUUGAAUUUGUAUGGGUUAUUGAGAUGUUUAUUAACAUCAUUGAAUUCACAAUAUGACCAAUUUAACUAGACAGUAUCACAUACUAACCUCAGGUAGUCUUUAAUUCGCGUUGGAGACGGGACUUGGUUGAUUUAUGUUAUCUAGGUAAUGCUUGCUAGCUGCUAACAAUAAUGGCUAACCUUAAUUGUAUGGUUUUUCACACUCAAAUAGCCUCCGUCAUGGAGGUGCUAGCGAAUGCAGCUGUGGCAGAGAUCUGUAAACUCGUAGACGACGACUAUGCAGUGUUUCGUUUGGAAAUAACUCAAAGCCAGAAAGAAAAUAGGGGAUUGCGGAGGAAACUACAGCUACUGGAACUGAAGGUGGCACGGGAGCGCGCAGAGAGGACAAUACGAGAGCGUGUCCUCGCCAGUCGUCCCAGUAGUGUCAAAGUCGUCGACCGAUACAGAAUAGCAAGAGGUGAAGGACAUCUCACUGAAGGCUACAGAAGUAUUGUGAAGCCAGCGGGACAUAAUACAUGGAGAGAUGACCAACCAAUCACUGUUGAUGAGGAGAGUGGAACCUCAACCCAGCACGUUAUCGUGAUAGAGUCUGCAGACGCAGAGGAUGCAGGUCCUGGGGUCAAGCAGGAGAGGACUGGAGGAGAGGAGGACCCACGACACAGCAGAGACAUCCAGACUGGAGCAGCGUCUGGAGUGGCGCCCCCUGUAGCCACAGAGGACCUAUCCACCGCCAUGGCGCCCCAGGCCAAGACACGGCACAGCACCACGGAGGAGGAGGAGGGUCCAGAGGUGCUGCUGGUGAAGGAGGAGGGGUAUGAGGAGGGUCUGGGGAACCCUGAGGGGAACAUGGUCAUGGAGGACAACCAGACUACACCUCCUCCUGAACCGGCAGAGGAACCAGCUGAGCAGCACAGGACCACACACAGCCUCACUGAGUCAGUAGACAUGGAGGAUGGGAAGCCUGAUCUGCUACUAGUCAAAGAGGAGACAAUAGAAGACGGACCAGAGAGCAUUGACCUGCUGAGUGGACUAAAGAUGGGGGAGCAAGAUGGUUGGCUGGAGGCUAACAGAAGAGACUGGGCGGCCAUCUUGGAAUCCCAGACCCAGAUGGGUGCAGCCAAGGGCCCGGGGGACAACAUCACUGAGCAGGCCAGGACCAGAGGAGAAAUAGUGGAGUCUGCAGUCCAUGAGGACCUGCUGAUAUCCGGUGUUGCUGGCGGGAGAGACUGGACCUCUGAAGUGGCUGGUCACAAACCCUGGCCCCGGAUCAGAAACCUGGAUCAGGAGCCGUCACUCUUCAUUCGCGAGUCGGAACCAGGACCGAACCACCACCACACAGAACAAAACCAGUGGACAGGUGGAACUCCUGUUGGUCAUCAAAAAGACAGAGGCCCCAAACAGGGAUCCAGUCUGCAGCCCAGACCCUUCUCCUCACAGUCUCAGUGCAGGGAUGGAGCAGGACCUGGGGCUGAUAGACCCUCCUGUUCUCAUGAUACAAACACCACAGUAUCCAUGAUGAACAGAGUAGGUCACCCUGGGCUUCAGCCUUCACAGAGAGUGGUGGGAGACCCCACUGGUAGGAGUCUAACAGGAAGUCUGUCUUCUCCAGGAUCUUGUCUAAAGCCUGGUGAAUGGGUUCAUAGAGGGCAUGGACCUCGGCCUAGCCUUCCUCAGCUGCCUCAUGGGUACCCCAUGAAUACAGACAGUGUCAGGAUGGCCGUUAACAAUGAGAGUUACCUAGCCUAUAACACAGCACCCAAUCCCAACAACACCCAAACAAUGGCUUCAGGUCAAGGAGGGAGCUCAAAGACUUCUGCUUCUACCUCCUCUGGUGUCAUUGGGUCACAACGUGGGAGGCCGAGCGUUAGGACAGAUGCGGACAAGCCGUACGCCUGCCCCACGUGUGGGAAGCGCUUCGCUAGGGCACACUAUUUGAGGGAGCACCAGACCGUUCACACCAAGGAGAAGCCCUUCAAGUGUAAACUAUGCUACAAGAGCUUCUCCUUCUUGAGUAACCUUACCAGACAUCGGAGUGUCCACAACCGGGAGAAAUCGUAGCACUGUGGCUUGAGAUGUAUGUCUGGGAUAGUGAUCAUGUUAAGUGUCUUGGGUUAAGAGGGUAAUUGAACCACAUACCCUUCAUUAACCCUUUAACUGGUCAUUUGAAACAGGCUUGUGUAAACUGUUUUCAGAGGGAGUAAACCUAGGCUAGAACAAGGAAAGUUUAAUAUGUACCUUAGAGGUGAUUGAUGGAAUAAAGUCCUAUUAUUUUA